AUGCCCGUCUCGUCCUCCGAGCUCGCCGAGGGCAUCCACCUCGCCCGCCGCGAACUCAGGUUCGCCCAUGCCGCCCGCCGCCGGCACGUGCAGUGCGGCACGUGGAGUGUCGACGAAGACCUGGCGCUUCGGCGCACCAUCCGCCUCUGCCGGCGCGCGCUGGCCGUCUUCCUCCCCGCCUACGAGGUGAUCCUCGAGCGCGAGGCCAACUUUCAACAGGCAUAG